CGCCGGAAGCGCCCUCAGCGGCCCCGGAAGCGCUCGGGGCGGAGGGAGCGCGCAUGCGCCGGGGUGGGAGCGGGGACGCGCGCAGACUCUCCCUUUCUCUAGGAAGAGCUGAAGCCCAGAGGUCCUCACCAUGGAUUUCCAGCACCGCCCUGGGGGUAAAACGGGCAGCGGUGGCGUGGCCUCGGCCUCCGAGAGCAACCGGGACCGGCGGGAGCGGCUGCGGCAGCUGGCACUGGAAACCAUCGACAUCAACAAGGACCCAUAUUUUAUGAAAAAUCAUCUGGGCUCCUAUGAGUGCAAGCUCUGCCUGACGCUCCACAACAAUGAGGGGAGUUACUUAGCACAUACCCAGGGGAAGAAGCAUCAGACCAAUUUGGCCCGACGAGCAGCCAAGGAAGCCAAGGAAGCCCCUGCCCAGCCUGCCCCAGAGAAGGUCAAAGUGGAAGUGAAGAAAUUUGUGAAAAUUGGGCGCCCAGGCUACAAAGUGACCAAACAGAGAGACCCAGAAACAGGCCAGCAGAGCCUUCUCUUCCAGAUUGAUUACCCCGAGAUAGCUGAGAGCAUCAUGCCCCGGCACCGCUUCAUGUCAGCCUACGAGCAGCGCAUCGAGCCCCCAGACCGGCGCUGGCAGUACCUGCUGAUGGCAGCAGAGCCCUACGAGACCAUCGCCUUCAAGGUGCCAAGCAGAGAAAUUGAUAAAGCAGAGGGAAAGUUUUGGACUCACUGGAACAGAGAAACCAAACAGUUCUUCCUUCAAUUCCACUUCAAGAUGGAGAAGCCCCCGGCCCCCCCAAACCUCCCCCCAGGGCCCCCGACCGUCAAGCGGCCGCCGCCCCCUCCCCUGAUGAACGGGCUGCCCCCACGGCCCCCCCUGCCCGACUCCAUGCCCCCCCCUCCCCCUGGGGGCAUGGCCCUGCCCCCCAUGCCCCCCUCAGGGCCGGUGCCACCCCCACCAGUGCCCCCCCAGCUGCCCCCAGCGCCCGGGGUGCCCCCCCCCGCCCCUCUGCCCCCCAUGAUGCGGCCACCACUCCCCACGGAGGGGCCGGGCACCAUCCCCCCUCCCCCUCCCUCCAACUGAAGCCCCUCCUGGACUCCAUCCCGUGGGAUUUGUGUCUUUUUAACUGCAGCUCACCCCCGAUCCAGGGAGCAGUUCCUUUUUGUAUGUCUGGAAACCUGACUGAAUUCUGUAGAUUCAUUAAAAGGUUUUUGAUUUUC